CAAUUUCUUGCUUUCCAAACACAUCCAUCGCGUCAUCACUUGGCGUUUGGAAGAAAUCCGUGGCUGAGAGAAAGGAGCCUCUAUACUGCGAAACAGAUAACAGAUAGAUCGACGCAAAUGGAUAUUCGCUUCAGAUUCGGGAGCUUUUCAACAUCGAAUCAGAGUUCGUGGUCGAAUCGGAGGAAUCAAAAGGCUCUCAGAACCAGCUGCUCGAGGACCGGCGGCCCCCAGCAACCGCCCGAAGAAAAUGGCGGCAACGACAAAAACCAAGGUGACAAGUUCUCUACGGAUUGGGACAAGGCCUGGUCAAGGUUCAAGAAGCGAGGGAAGAAAACCAUCUUUUCUGAUUUUUCUCCAAACAAGUAUGUCAGCUGGAACCCUAGGCGUUCUGACUACCCCCUUUCUGAGGAGAUUGAUCCCAUCAAGAGAACAGAGAGAUCAAACCUCAUGUUAUGGACCAGCCCUAGCUUCACCCUUGGUGGGGCCAUCAUAAUAGUUACAUUUCUUUUGGUCUACACCAUUCUUGCUCCAAUCAAGUGAACCCAUUUAAUUUUAUUUUAAUCCCUCCUGGGAAGCAAUAAUUUACUGUAAAAAAAGUGUUUAUUAUUAUUUUAUUUUAUUUUUUUGGGUUUGUGAGGAAUGGGUUGAAGAGGGAUUUCAAAACCUGUAUGUUGUAGCCACUUUAUCUUCAAGUAAAUACAGCUAAUGCCUUUGUCUUUCAUUACCCAA